UGUUCAGGCGACGCGAGUGUGAAAUCGAGUGCGGGAGUUUCGAGACGCAAGACGUGCGCGGAGUUUGCAGACUGUCGGAACUGAGGCGAACUGAAAAGCAAAUAAAGCGGCGCGUGCUGACUGUUUACAACACAAUUGGUUUCGUAAACGAGAAAGGAGGAGCGCGGUGAACUCUUUUGCAUGCCAGAGCUGACAUCCAUCUGCAUCACGGAUGCCGCGCUGCCCGCGAAUAUCCAAUAUUGGCGCGUUUUCAGCAACAGGUGUCGAGCGGAGGCAAGUGCGUUGACGGCUCGACAAAUGGAUCGUGUUGAUGGGCAGAAUUUGGCGAAAUUGUGUUUAUAGACUGGCAUAGGCCCGUUAUUAGUGUUUGCAGACGGCCGAAAGGGGUCAGCCAGUGUGCGCGUGGGGAAAUUGAAUUGACUUGGCCCCCGCCCCGCCGUGGCGGUCCGAGUCCGAAAUCGAAAUCUGUGUCGCAAAUGUGGCACUAAUAAAUUAUCGCACAUUCGCGGGCGCACUCGAGAGUGCUUCAUUAAUGCAGAACUCGCCACUGAAGCAAAAUAUCUAGUUUUGCACCGGCUGCGUUUGUUUUACUUCGCCUUGGACGUGACCAAAUUCCCUGAGCACUAGUGCUGGUUCCGCGUGGAACAACAAGAACCACGCUCUGUCCACAGCAGAGCGCCAACUCCGUGGCUCGUAAAUACCGGUCCUCCAAAUUAGAAAAUCCAAUUGCAGUUCAAUUAGCUGCGGAGCUCCAGCGAAGCGCCGAGCGAGGGAGACUCGUGCCAAACGACUUCGUGAUUAAAGUCCUCUUACUUAAAGGAUCCAGUCGGAAACAGGAAGCGGAUGAUGGCAGAGACGGUCCAGAGCUGGCCACGACGAGAACGUAAUUAACCAAGAACGAGAGGGCACGUGUACAACAGAGAAAGGAAGACGAGGAGGAAUAAAUGCAAAAUCAACAAAAAUGUUGCAUCGCGUUAAAGGAUCAACGUCUGUUUCCAAGGAUACUGCAACGCGGAGCAAACCCGAUAUUCGUCGCGGGUCCGUUUAAAUUAAGCGCCGCCAAAGGAGCAGCCAGCCACCCUUCAAUCUCCUCCUUCGCGUAAUGUUUGCGCACCCCUGUCGGGCUCCAGCUGGAAUCGACCUCUCAGGACUUUUGUACCUCCUGCCUCGCCUACUUCUGCUCCUCCUGCUUGCCAUCACUCAGUGUGGGCAGGUUCAUGGAGAGGUCUUCACUCUCGGCUACCUCACUGGCUCGCAAAGACGCCCGGGAAACCUGGACUACCAACGCCCUGGUAUCACUAUUUCCGGAGCCAUCUCAUUAGCGGUGGAGCAAGUGAACGCCGGCCCACUCCGUGACCGAGGUCACUCGCUGCAAUUCGUUGUAGCCGAAACAUUUGGCGAGGAAGUGGCCAGCAUCCGGCAGACGGCGGCGCUGUGGACCCAGCAGGUGGCCGCCUACAUUGGCCCACAGGAGACGUGCGUACAUGAGGGUCGCAUGGCGGCCGCCUUCAACCUCCCUAUGAUAUCCUAUUACUGCACCCACCGGGAUCCCUCAAACAAGGCAGAUUUUCCCACAUUUGCAAGGACCCGACCGCCGGACACGCAAAUCUCAAAGUCGGUGGUUGCCCUUUUGUUGGCCUUUAACUGGACCCAAGUAAGCUUUUUGUACUUGGACGACUCGAGUGGUCAGUAUCAACCGGUGGCUGAGACGAUUCUGAGCACAAUAACUGUGGCUGGAGUAAGCGUAAGGGACGUUCGCACCUGGAACACCAUUUACCACCAUGGAUUUAUGGCGAAUCCCUUUGAUGCUCUGGUGGAACAGACCUAUGUCAACACAAGGAUCUAUCUGAUCUUAGGACACUACUAUGAGCACGUCGGCCUCAUGGUAAGUCUCCAAAGGCGGGGACUUCUGUCGGAAGGCGACUACUUUGUGGUGGGCAUCGACAUCGAACAGUAUGAGCCGGCUAAGCCUGAGAAGUAUUUGCGCGGACUGCUGCUUGAGGAUGUGGAGCCCCUGGCCGUGCAGGCCUUCCAGUCCUAUCUGGGAAUUGUUCCCACGGCGUCCGUCUCCUUCGCCACGUUCGCCAACGAGGUUAACAAAUAUAUGGAGCGACCGCCAUUUAAUUUCCCCAAUCCACUGAAUCUGUUCGGUGGCGUUAAGCAGAUAAGCGCCGAGGCCGCCUAUCUCUACGAUGCCGUGCAUCUGUAUGCCAAGGCGCUGCUAGAAGUCCUUGAUUCGGGCGGCAGGCCGAGAAACGGCAGCGCCAUUGUGGCGGCCAUCAAGGGCUCGCGCUAUCGCAGCGCAAUGGGCUAUCACGUCUACAUCGACGAGAAUGGCGAUGCGGCCGGCAAUUACACAGUAUUAGCUAGGGGGAAGGUCCGAAACGGACGCAACCAGACGGUGCUAGGACUGCGCCCCGUAGGCACCUUCAGCCACAGAAACAGCAGCCUCAGCAGCAGCACCGAGGCCUUGCCACCACAGGAUCUCAAUCUGUUCAGGCCUAUUGACUGGGUGGGUGGUUCGCGCCCAGCAGCUGCCCCUAGUUGUGGCUUUGGCGGCGAGAAGUGCGUCAACUACACUGGCGAGAUUUCGGCGGCCAUUGCCGGAGGCGCUCUAUUGCUGCUGGGCUUGGUUCUACUGGUUCUUUACCGCAACUGGCGUUAUGAGCAGGAACUAGACAGCUUGCUCUGGAAGAUAGACUUCCGCGAGGUGCAAAUGCACGAGAACGAGCGGGAACAGCAGGCUCAGAAGCAAACGCGCUCUACCCACCCCCUAAUCCGGACCAGCCAGGUGAGCCUGAGCUCCAAUCCAGACGCCGACUUCCGCUACACGACCAUCUUCACGCCCAUCGGCCUGUACAAGGGACAGCUGUACGCCAUUAAGAAGGUCCGUAAAAAGAGCGUCGACAUCACUCGCGAGAUGAAGAAGGAGUUGAAGCUGUUGCGCGACGCCCGCCACGACAACAUAUGCGCGUUUAUUGGCGCCUGCACGGACCCACCCAACAUUUGCAUCAUUAGCGAGUACUGCACCCGGGGUAGCCUUAAGGAUAUUCUGGAAAACGAGGACGUCAAGCUGGACAACAUGUUCAUUGCCUCCAUGGUGGCAGACAUUAUACGCGGCGUCAUCUAUUUACACGAGUCUCCCAUUCGCUUCCACGGCGCUUUGUGCACUUCCAAUUGUCUGGUGGACUCGCGAUGGGUGGUCAAGUUGACGGACUUUGGCCUGUUCGCCUUCAAGCAGGGCAUCGAGGACAGUUUCACCGAUAUGCAACACAUGUCGGCCAAGUGCCUGAAGCUGCUGUACCGCGCCCCAGAGCUUCUCCGACAAGGUCCAUCCUCGCUUGUCACGGGCACCCAGCGCGGGGACGCCUACUCCUUUGGCAUCCUGCUGUACGAGAUGCAUGUGCGUCGCGGUCCCUUCGGAGAAACGGGCCUAACUCCCAUGCAAUGCUUGCAGAAGGUGCUGCAGCCGCAGGACCAGCUGCAUCCGUAUAGGCCCUCCUUGCAGCCCCUGGAGACGGCCUUCGACUGCGUUAGCGAGUGCCUGCGCGAGUGCUGGGCAGAGCGACCCGAGGAUCGACCAGACUUCAAGACCAUACGGGCCAAGCUGCGUCCUCUGCGCAAGGGGAUGCGGCCAAACAUUUUCGACAACAUGAUGGCCAUGAUGGAGAAGUACGCCAACAACCUGGAGGCCCUGGUCGACGACCGCACGGACCAGUUGCAGGAGGAGAAGAAGAAGACCGAUGCCCUGCUCCACGAGAUGCUGCCGCGCUGUGUGGCCGACCAGCUCAAAAAGGGCCACAAGGUGGACCCCGAGCACUACGAGCAAGUCAGCAUCUACUUCAGCGACAUUGUAGGAUUCACGGCCAUGUCCGCCGAGUGCACGCCGCUGCAGGUGGUGGACUUCCUGAACGACCUCUACACCUGCUUCGACUCCAUAAUCGGGCACUUCGACGUUUACAAGGUGGAGACCAUCGGCGAUGCCUACAUGGUUGUUUCCGGUCUGCCCCUGCGCAACGGUGACCUGCACGCCGCCGAGAUUGCCACCAUGUCGCUGCACCUACUAAGCGCCGUCUCCGAGUUUAAAAUCCGCCACCGGCCAACUAACCGCUUGCUCCUGCGCAUUGGCAUACACUCGGGUCCCGUCUGCGCUGGAGUUGUCGGCCUGAAAAUGCCCCGCUACUGCCUCUUUGGGGACACUGUGAACACAGCUUCGCGCAUGGAGUCAAGCGGCGUACCGCUGAAGAUACACUGUAGUUGGCAAUGCAGGCAACUACUGGAGCGUCUGGGCGGCUACCACUUUCAGGAGCGUGGCGUAAUCUCCAUGAAGGGCAAGGGUGAGCAGCGCACCUACUGGCUGCUGGGCGAGGAUGAGGAGGCGCGCGACCGGCGCACCUACGAGCGGUCCCAACGACGAGGCUCGAGAGCCCUGAACAAGUUCAUCCAGGGCACUAUUAAGCAGGCCCAGGAAAAGGGCAACGACUACGGUAUACGCUCCUCGCUCAAGCAGAAGAAUCUCCUGCGCAACUCCCUAGCCCGCUCCUCCAGCCUGGAGUCUCCCAAGAAGCUGCGCUUCGCCGCUGGCAGUCUCCUGGAGCACCAUCGCUAUCACAGUGACGAAGCUCUGCUGGAGGUUGAUUCCUACACUGGCCUUCGACGCUCUUCCGGGGGAUCCACACAAUCGCGCUACGAAGAGACGACGCUCUCGCUAACCCUGUCAUGCCAAAGUAUCGAGGUGCUGGGCGUCCAGCUGAGCAAACGACGCCCCUCCUCGUAUCCCACUGCCAACACGCCGCUCUUGAUGAACCACGUAGAGGUGUAAUGCGAGAGUCAGUACUUAACCCAUAUACAGGGAUCUAGAAAUAUUUGUGUUCAGUAUAUCUCGCCAAGUAUUUGCAACGCUUUUAGUGUGGUCUGUAGUAUCAGCAACUAGCGACAUCAGCAUAUUGUGAAAGUGAUUAUGAAUCUAGUCAUUGUUUAAACACAUCCAUGUGCUAACCUGAAGCCAAUCCACUUAGUCAAGGGCCUGAUUAAGCACUCAACGGCAUCAAUAAAGAUGAAAAUGAGAAAAGCCAAGUGUUUGUAUAUUGAAGAGCAUUAUGCACUUGAUUUAAUGCAAUUCGACUUUAUUUUAGUGGUGUCUUGGAGACAGUUGCCUUUAUUAUUGUAUAGUAAUUGUGUUCAUUCGACAAACUUAACGAUUUCUUUAUAUAACUUUAGUCUAAAACCGAUUUGUGCAUUUCUCUAGGCAUUAUAAAUACAGUAUUUGAUUCGCACUUUUGUAUCUCCGAACAAUUCUUUUUGUCAAAGCCAGCUUGCAAAAUGUCGAAAAUGUCCAUAAGAUUGUUUUCGAUAUUCGAGGAAUGGUUGUAAAUAAUUAUAUGCCCUUAUUCGAUAACAAAUUUAAUUAUUUUUCUUUUUUAUGAUAAGCCACAAGCUUUAAAGCACACUUCAAUGCGGUUUGUUAAUUGGGUUACAAUUUUGUUUACGAUUUAAUGUAGAAAAGUCCGAUCUGUAUUGCUUGUCGUGAGAGAUUCCAAUUUUGUGGAGUGUUCGUGUUCGUGGAGGAAAGGGUGGGAAGUGAGCUAAUAAACUUUCUUUAUAUAUUUUUAAUGCUACACAAUGCAACAACUCUAAAUAACAAUCUCAAAUCUCAUAAAUGUCAAUAUUAUAUCAACUAGGUAUGAAUGUAUAACGCUUUUCUCGGGUCUCGCCCCUUCGGUUUCUUUGCUAUCAAAAUACUUGCAACAAUGGAUCUAAUCAAAAAUACGCAAUGUACAAUUCUUAGUUAUUGUUCGACUGCCUCCGCAAUCACUCGCCACUGGGAGCAGUCCUGCCCAGAGGACCGACAACAAAUCUGCUCGUAUAAAUAAAUACGCUAUAUAAUAUACAGUAAA